UGUUUUGCAGGAAGUGACGUCAGCCAGGAAGGAUUUUUUGUUUGGUGACUGAUGUUGCACAGAAAAGGGUUACCUGAAAAUAAGCGGCAUGACUGGUGGAUGGGAGUGAAAAUCACUGACCUGCAUUCAGCUUUCAUUGACCUGCAUGCGGAGAGGCACUGCCAUGGACCCUGCCUAUAUCCUGAGUUUCCUUGUGGCCAUACUGCUGUCCUUUGCAAGCACAUCAGACACUAACAAACAGAAAAGAGAUGCUGCUUUUGAAAUCUAUAAAAAGCUUUUUGAAGUGAAGCGUAAGGAUCAGAUCAAUGCCCUAAAUAAUCUGAUUGAGCUUAAUGAUAUCAACCAGCAGUAUAAAAUCAUAGACAUAAUGCUAAAAGGGCUUUUCAAGGUGCUAGAGGACUCUCGAGCUGUCUUGAUUGCAGCAGGAGUACAACCAGAUGGUCCCUUUCCAGAGGAUGACAAAAUAAAAGAUGCUUAUUCACAUACUGUGGAGAAUUCUGCAUUUUUUGGUGAUGUAGUCCUGAGAUUCCCCAAAAUAGUUCACCAUUACUUUGACCGGAACUCCAAUUGGAACAAUCUGAUCCGGUGGGGUAUUGGAUUCUGUAACCUGAGUGGAAUCUUCAACGAUGGACCUCACUCUCAGCUUCUUGGCCUGAUGUCUCAAGAAUUGGGAAUCAGUGAGAAGUCACCCGAUUACAGAAAUCCCUUCAAGACUGAAAACAUGGAGUUUUUAUCAAACACAGAUGCCUUCCAGAAAGCAUUAAAAGAAGAGGAAAAGAGAAGACGAAAGGAUGAAAAGAGAAAGGAGAUUAGAAAAGGUCCUCGGAUCACCAGAUCCCGAUCAGAGUUAUAAAGCCAAUGAAGAGUCCGUUGAGCAAAGGACAAACCGAAGAUAAUAUGAGAGCCUUGCGGGAGUAUGUCACCUGCCAACAUGGAAACCUGGCCUGUUACAGAAUGAGUGCUUAUAUUCCAGGAACAUUCAACAUAAAAUUGUUUCUUAUCAUGACUAA